AUGAGCGAAGAUGGUGCCGACCUCCGCUUCGACUCUCCGCAGCACGAGAUCAAGCAUUGGAAGUCAAAAGCCGCCGAAUUGCAAGAUGUUCUCCGCGAAACCGAGUCCAUGCUCCAGGAUGUCAUGGAAGGCAGCAAAGAGCUCGAGACAGAAAUGGAGAAGGAGAUUGCCGACUCGACCAAGUCCGUUUCGGAUCUCAAGCGUCGCAAUGAUCAGCUGACGGGCGACCUCGAAGACUGGAAGUCCAAGUACUCGCGCGCCCUCUCCGAACACAACUCGACGCUCACCAACCUUCAAAAGGAGCUUGCCCUUCUCAGAGAGUCGGUAGACAUCUACAAGACCAAGCUUCGAGAUACCGAGCUCACCAACGACGAGCUCGAGAAUGCCGAACGCAUGGUCGCUUCCUCUCUAGCCGACAUGGAGGGCAGAUACAACAAGACCAUCGAAAAGACGGCAUUGCUUGAAGAAGAGCUUAUCGAGAAGACUCGUCUGGAAGAGGAAAACCAGCGUCUCAAGGACGAGCUCCGCGAAAUGACCGAAGAGAUGACCGUGCUUCGCGAUGUGGUCACUCGAAGCAGAGCCGUCUCUCGUGCAGAUACAUUCGCCAGCUCCACAUUCGACGAGAAGCCCGUCUCGCGGUCCGAGCAGAGCUUCGAUAGCUCGCCCAGAAAGCAUACCUCAUCAGCACUCGCAGCAGAGCGUCCAUCUUCACGGCAGACCCUCAGCUCGCCCAGCAUCAAUCGGGUGCCCAUCUCACGCAGGCUUGGAGCCAUGGGCCACAAUCGCAGAAUGAGCCGUGACGUCCGACCCGGCGAGCCCUCUCAGCUUGCAGCCGUGCAAGACGACAGCCCAGCCAACACCACAUCCACUGCACCGACACGAUCUUCGACACUGUCUCGCAGAGAAACGCUCCUAGGCACUCCCUCGCACCAAGGCCAUUCCAGCAGCCAUGGUCUCACAUCGUCACCCUCGGCUCGGGCACAGCUCCGCGCCUCUGUCCGCGCAGCAACACGAACAGCCGGUAUUCCAUCAACACCUCGCUCCGUCAUCCCUGCCAAUGGCGCUGCUGGAUCGAAACGGACGAUGGCCGAAAUGAUCGCAAAGAUGAAAGCGCUUGAGGCACGAAUCAACUCGGCCAAGGAUCUGUCACGCGUCGUGGGGCCAGGCGACGAGAGCGCCAUUCCACGACCCAGCUCGCGCAUGGCAACGUUCGGCUCACCUGGCGCCAACGGUCAUCAAUCGUUCCACAUCCCCGCGUCGACUCCGCGCACACCUCGAGCCAGUAUGGACGGCAAUCGAACCAUUGGCUCCUCCAUCCCUGUACCGUCACGCGUGCGAAGACCAAGUUCACGCUUCGACGAUCGAGGCACACCACCCAUGCCCAGUCUCGGCCUGCCACGAUCUCAAACGCCCAACACGCUGCACGCGCGCGUCACUAGUCGCGGAGGCGGCUCCUCUCCGCUCCCACCGCACGAGUUCAUGGACCACGAUCCAGCCAGCACUUUGCCGCACGUAGCACGAUACGCUGCAGCCCAAGCCGCGCUCUCCACACCGUCGGCAGGCGCAGCCAAGCGUCGCACCAGCAUAGGCUCAGGCAUGACCCACUCGUCCUCCUAUGGCUCGCUCGCCAAGAUCCGUUCCGGUUCGACGAUCCCGAGAUCCACCACGCCGUCGACCGUCGCAGCACCACGAGUGACGCAGAGCUCCAUGACGCACUACGGAGACGUCUCGGGAAUCAGGACGCCCCUGUCGACGCGAUUGGCUUCGUCGCAUCGAAACGGGAGCAGUGCAAGGGGGAGUGUCACAGGCCCACCGAGCUCGUGGAAGAGCGCAGCGGGGAGAGAGGUGGCGGCGGCGAGAAGCCGGACCGGCAGCACAGGGGCGAACGAAGAUUUGUGA